UUUAUAUUGUACGAAUGGACGCCAUUUGUGAAACGACAGCUGGGUGUAAAAGCAUAUAAAACUAUUCAAGAUUUCGCUGCUCACGACGAUCGCAAGCUAACAUAAGUUUUAUUUUCUUCUUGAGGAAGAAAAUAUAUUCGCUAUGUCCGAGCAGGUGGAAGUUAAGCCGGAUGCAUUGCCGGACUUAGAUGAUCUGCUUCAAUGUCCUGUUUGCUAUGAGAUCCCUUCAGGACAAAUAUUUCAAUGUAACGAGGGGCACCAUGUAUGUGGACGAUGCAAAAUGCGUCUUGAUGUGUGUCCUGUUUGCAGAGCAUUAUUUUUUGGUACUCGAAAUUAUGCAAUGGAAGAACUCAUUGCUAAUGUUAAAAAACUACGAGCUUUUAAGCUUGGUGGAAAAGUCACUACAGAUACUUGCUCUGAAAAUAAUACACCACCCAAAGAGGAUACCACUGAAGUACCUGAAAAUGAAAGUGUAGGUGAUGAUGUUAGCGAGCAGUCAAGUCAAUCUACACUGAGACCUCCACCAGCUUGCAAGGGCCUCUUUCGUUGUCUCUCUUGUAAGAAUGGAAAUGGAGUUAGGCUCCCCGCAGCUCGCUUGCUCAAUCACCUACGCUAUUUCCACUCCCCAGAACUUAUUGAGGGCAAAUCUGACAAUGGCGAAUAUAUUCAAGCUUGGCAAUUUUCUACUGCACCUGGAAGAAUUGUUACUGCAGUACGAGUAGCAGACAUGGGAAUAUUCUUUCUGAUAAUUGAAAUAAGCAAUGAUCAGGUGUGUGCAUGGUUGUCCAUGGCUGCAUCUCCUUGGGUAGCGCAUGAAUUUUCCUACACAGUUACUAUUUCUGGAAAUGAUCGUGAAGCAAUUUUCUCUGAUUGUGUGUGGUCUGUAAGAUCCUGUGAAGGGUCUCUUAAGAAACGUGGGCAUUGCCUCGUGGUGAAUGGACAAGAUGCAAGAGCAUUGAUUGCACCUGCAUCAAUCAACGGCAAGCUGUCUGUUCGUCGUACACCCGCUGACCAACUAACAACUCAGACUCAACCACGAGCCGUCCUACGAGUUGCCAACCGUGUCAACAGUGUCAGCAAUCUUGACAACUCUCACACCCAUGCUCAUGACUUGGAGCCAUUCCUGCAAGAUUUACAAAACGACGUAGCUAGGCUUUCACGAGCAUUUGCUACGCUCGGACGUGAAGCUAACGCAUUAGUACGUUCCGAAGCAGAAAUGCGAGCUAGAAUCGGAAUCAGGCACAAUAACGAACGCACGAGCAAUUCCUCUGAUGGGGAAUCCCCACAGAUGAUAGAAAAUCUCCUAGACAAUGCCGAACGUAUGCAACCUUCGCGUAGUGCCCGCAGACGCAUGCGACAGCGUCUGAGGGCCGCACUCAACGCUACGCCGCCACCUGUGCCAGCGCCUCGGAUCAUGAAUGGUCCACCAAGACCGAAUGGCCCGCCAAGACCGAAUGGCCCGCCAAGAUCGAAUGGCCCGCCAAGACCGAAUGGUCCCUUAAUGCACAAUAAUAACAUGCCACACCAUGUUAUGACUGGGCUCGCCCUGGUGCAGCAUCUGCCUGUCUCACUGCCGCCGGUGGCUCCGCGCCCCGUACCGCCGAUGCAGCAUCUGCCUGUCUCACUGCCGGUGGCUCCGCGCCCCGUACCGCCGCCCCCCGUACCGCCGCCCGUCGCUCCACAGACGUCUAGCGGGGUGUCUAAUGAAAACGGUAACGGCCGUCAGAAUAAGAAGAAGCGACGUCAACGCAGAUAAAUUACUGUAGCGUUUGUUUUAGUUAGGUUUCUAUUAUUAACGAAUUCGUAAACAAAGUAAUAAGUUUACUAUUAUUAUUAAUGGUGUAUGUUAUCAAUUGACUGCUCUUUGAGUCUCAUAAGUUUUCCUCUGGGGCUAUCGUAUUGUAAAUGACUCCAUGUUGUAAAUAUUUCGUCUUUUGACAACUGCAAUUUUUGCGAGUGCUGUGAUAACAUGUUGCAAGUUCAUGCAAUAUAAAUGGUUAAAUACUUAAUAUUUUCAUUAAUUGAAGUAUCCCCAGAGUAUUUUGUGAUUUAAACAGAUACCCAAUAGGAUAAAUUGUUGUAAGUUAAUUUCAGUUAAUGAAAUGCAUUUUGUGAAAUAAUUUUGACUAUGAUAUUUCAAGAAUAUCGAUUUGAAUAGUGUUUAAAUAAUAAUUGACGAAUGUGCUUGUUUUAAUCCUAUAUGUAAUCAUGAAUUUGUUGUAGGACUAUCGUUACUAUUUUAUUAAUUACAUUAAUUAUAAUCAUCUAGACAGAAAAUAGAUGUAAUUAAAAACA